CCUCCGCGGGGACAAUAGCGCGGGGCCAUGUCGUCCGCCGGCGGCCGCCAACCCAGCCAGAGCCGGGCUAUCCCCACCCGCACCGUGACCCUCAGCGACGCGGCGCAGCUCCCCCCGGAUUACUGCACCACCCCCGGCGGCACCCUCUUCUCCACCACACCGGGAGGCACCCGGAUCAUCUACGACCGCAAGUUCCUGCUGGACCGUCGGAACUCGCCCAUGGCUCAGACCCCGCCCUGCCACCUCCCCGAUAUUCCCGGCGUCACCAGCCCCGGCUCGGCCGGCGAGGAGCCCAAAGCAGACACCAACAGCUCGAACCACCAGGAGGGGAAGCCAUCCAUGGGGGACGACGCUCAGUUCGAGAUGGACAUCUGAGCGGGAACCACGGAGCGGCAGCGGCGACCCCCCCAGACCUGUGCACCCCACCUUCGGCUUAGCAGGAGCCGUCCCGGCGAGGCGGAGGUGGCAGCAGUCCCCCCCCAGCACCUCCCUCCCUGACCCGUGCCCCCCCACUUCUUUCUGGGGAGUCUGGCUCUGGCUUGGGUGACUGCUCCCAGCAUGUGCCGGCCGGAGGAGCCCUUCCAGGUCCAGCCCUGUUCCUCCACCCACCAGCAGCCUGAUCUCCACCAGGCUUCUUAAAACAUCCCUCUGCCUCUUCUGCUGCCUCACGCUGCCCCCAGGCCCCCCACAACCGCCCUGCCGUUCCCCCCCAAGCCUCCUGUCGC